GAUAAGCUUCAGAGAACUGCAGCUCCUCCCAGUAGCGGCACCGACACAUCAAGAUGUGACUGACUAUAUGAAUAGGGCACCCGAUGCUCUCACUUGAGAACAGUGUCAGUGAAAUCGAUUUCAUCACUUGUCAGAGAAGCUCACAUGGUUAGAGAGAUGAACUUAGAGGGGGACAGCAGUCUGUCAGUGAGCUGCGGCAACGGGAAACUUAGACAGUGGCUGAUCGAUCAGAUUAACAGCAGUAGCUAUCCUGGACUGGUUUGGGAGAAUGGCGAGAAAAGCAUUUUCAGGAUCCCGUGGAAACAUGCGGGCAAACAGGACUACAAUCGAGAAGAGGAUGCUGCACUCUUCAAGGCUUGGGCAUUGUUCAAAGGGAAACACAGGGAAGGAGUGGACAAACCAGACCCCCCCACAUGGAAGACUAGACUGCGAUGUGCUCUUAACAAAAGUAAUGACUUUGACGAGCUGGUGGAGAGAAGCCAACUUGAUAUAUCAGACCCUUACAAAGUCUACAGAAUCAUACCGGAGGGAGCUAAGAGAGGGAUCAAGAUGGCAGAGACAACGUUACAUAUGAGCUCAGAGAGCAACUACCCCAUGCACUCUCUGUACCCAACUCUACACAGCCAGGUGUCUGGCAGCUACAUAGUUCCCCAGGAGAGGAAGGAGUGGAAGGACUACAGCCACACACAGGACCACCAGCAGCAACCUCAGCCUCAGCACCACCAGCCACCCCACGUUGAGCUGCAGUAUAGCCAGUGCCACUACCCAUCGCCACUCAGCCGACUGUGGCACACCGGGCCACACACAGAUAACGGUUAUCAGUUCACUGGCUCCUUCUAUUCAUACUCCUCCUCAGAGUCCCACCCCACAGCAUUUACAAUGGACCACAACAUGGCCACCCUUUCUGACUUCCGACUGCAUGUGUCCCUGUUCUACCGUGAGGCUUUGGUCAAGAAGGUAACCACCUCUGGUCCCGAAGGCUGCCAGAUCACCUCGUCUUCCUCCUCCUCUUCCUCGUCUUCCUCUCCCUCCUCCCCCUGCCCUGGGGACAAGCUGUACAGCGGUGCAGAAGUGGUGCUGUUCCCGUCCCCUUACCCCGAGUCACAGAGGAGGGGGGCGGAGAAGCUACCCAACGUCCUGGAGAGGGGCGUGCUCCUGUGGAUGGCGUCAGAUGGGCUCUAUGCCAAGCGGCUUUGCCAGAGCCGAGUGUACUGGGAGGGCCCGCUGGCCCCGUACACGGACAAACCCAACAAACUGGAGAAAGAACAGACCUGCAAGCUGUUUGACACUCAGCAGUUCCUCACUGAGCUGCAGGGGUAUGCCCAACAUGGCCGUCCCAUGCCCAGGCACCAGGUGGUGCUGUGUUUCGGUGACGAGUACCCAGAUCCCCAACGCCAGACCAAGAUGAUCACAGCACAGGUGGAGCCAAUGUUUGCCAGGGAACUGUUGUACUUCACCCAGCAGAACAGCAGUCACUACCUUAGGGACUAUGAGCUCCAGGGACACACAGAGAGCUCCCCUCCAGCUCCAGGAGACUACCAGAGGACUCUCCAACACAUGCAGGAGUAACACAUACAAACAUGCCUCAGGAGCCAUGGACAUGCAUGUAGAUAGACCAAUGAGCUUAACUACUGUAAUGUAUAUGGUAUACUCAGGUCUUGGACUAAAAUGCCUCACUGUGAUUUCAAUGUAAGACUGAACUGUGCCUCCAUCAUCAGUGUCAACAGUUUGAGCCAAAGAUGAUCAAAGAUGAAAGUAUCUACCCUAGUUUGUACAGCCUUACAAUUAUGUUUCUAAUCAUCAUUUAUUUGUCUUUUUUUAAACAAUAUGAAAAACUGAUUAAGUAUUUUUGAUUUGAUCUGUUGUAAUAGUUUUGUUUCAAUAUCACAUCUGCAUGCCAGUGUCUAGGUGAAUGUGUUUGAUUGAUUGGUUGAUUUAGCAAAAUCUGCUUAAGGUAGCUGUAGAUAAUUGAAGUGAUUGGUUUUAGGCUGACCCUAGCAUUGGUUCCCACUUGAUCCUUGAUACAUUAUAGCUACAAAGUGUGUGGUGUGUGUAGGCUUAUCACAAGAGAUAGUGUGUUUUCCGGUGACAUCUGUAGGAAACCCACAACACCCCCUGACCUGUGGUAGUGGUGUGGUGGGCUGAGGUAGCCUGCCCCUGUCUCUCUCUCCCCAUCUCGCUCUCUUUCUUUGUCUCCCUCUACAUUUUCUCUCUUGCUAACACUUGCUUUCAACGAGAGAGGGAUGCAUGUGUUUGUGUAUCUUUGUGUGUAUGUGUGUGUGUGCGGGCGUGCAUGUAUGUGUCUGCAUGUGAGAUUGUGACAGUGUAUAGGAUGCGGUUUGAGGGGACGAGGACCAAUGUGAAGCAGAGGGCGACUGACAGAAGCAGGAAGCACCAGUCACAGGUGCACAGGAAGUGGAGUAGCCCUCAGGAGAAAGGGAGAAGAGGCUUAAUGUGACCCAUUUCCAGAAGCUAGGCAUAUGUUGAACGUCACUACUUCACAGGAGAGGCAUUUUAAGGAAAAACAUUUUUUUUUAUAUCAAAAUACUUUUUGGGCAGAAAUGCAUUUUGGAGCAUAUGAACUUUCAUGUGCCUUAAUAACAAACUUGUAUGCCAUCUGUAAAUACAAAUAAAAUGGUUAAAUUACGAGCCUAGUUGGUUUAGCCACGAAAAAAAGACAGGAACCUUCCGAUAGCCAUGAUUGGCUGAGAUAUGCUGAGAGAUGAGUUCGGAUUGAUCUGCCAUGAAGCACGCUUCUGUCCAUAACAUAAGCUGCUCAGUAUGUGUUGAUAAUCCAUGCUAUGGCGGCCUUUUUGCAAUAGAUAACGUUAGCCAUGGAGAACUACAAAAGGGUUGCUACUGUUCUCAACAACAUUGUUGCUCUGAAUUUAGCAGGCACUAUAGACAUGAUCUGUGGGAAAAAGUUGUGAUGGACUACUUUCUGCACAUGGUCAGUGUGAACCAGAGUGACAUGACACAACGAGCCAAAUAAGGUGUAGCUAGCUACAAAUAAAAUGGAAAAGACACAGGAUGUCUUAGUUAGUUAAAGUGGUUCUAGUCUGGAGUGAAGCGUUCAUCCAUGUAUACGAUAAGUGUCUAGCUAAAUUUUUCAGGUAUUUUACUUUUCAAACUUUUCAUUGCAAGUUAAAGCUUAUUUUUUGCUAGCUAGCGAAUAUUAGCUUACUGGCUCGCUACCUAAUGUUACGUGUAUGAUCUGUAUAGUAAUAUUAUUUGUAUCUCAGAAAUCCAUUUGCAUUGCUAGUUAUAGCUUAAUGUUAACUAGCUAGCUAAUGUUGAACAUAGUUGGUUAGCUGUAGCUACCUGCAGAUUCAUACUACAGUCACAGACAGACCAAUGAGACGGUUGGCGUUUCCACUGUCUACCAAAUAUGUGACCCGUUUCAGGAAACUAGGCAUAUGUUGCGGGUCACUACUUCACACGAGAGCCAUUUGAAUGUAAUCUUUUUCUAUUUUUAUUAAAAUGCAUAUUUUGGCAGAAAUGCCUUCUGGA